AUGCCAAUUGAUGUUGAGAGAGGAUUUCACAAGGGAACGCUCUUCACGUGCGUUUUGGCAAUAACGGCGCAAGGCAUAAUGAACAAUAUUAUUAUCUCCUCGUUGCCGUUUAUGAUUCAAGUCUACUAUCCUGAUGUAGUAUUGCGUAUUUUGGUUAAUUUCAGGCUGAUAUUAGUGAAGUUGGCUAUUACUCUGGAUUUAUCAUCUCUCUUUACUAUCUAG